AUGGCCCUCAGAUGCAGACCCUCCAGUGGUGUCGGGAAUCACCCCACGGCCAGAAAGGCGGAGCCCGCAGGAGAAGGCCGCUCAUCACUGGUCCAACCCAUGGUCAGAGGAGGGGAGCAAGCCGCGACGACAGAUGGAGAGAAGGGGAUUUGCUUCUGCGAGCGAGCUGAGAGUGUACGGAGGGGAGAGAGAGACGCCGCGCGCCGAGGUGAAAUGACGAGAUUGCCACUGAGCUUCCCGGCGAUUGGUGCAGGCGACGGAGGGCCGGCGGUCACCUGGUGGGAAGAGAUCAACGAGUCCGUAGGAUGGCAGGACGGGAUAUUCUUCUCCCUCUGCGCGGCGUACGCUGCCGUCUCGGCUGUUGCCCUUAUACAAUUGAUAAGGAUUGAACUCCGAGUCCCUGAGUAUGGUUGGACCACUCAAAAGGUUUUCCACCUCAUGAACUUCAUUGUGAACGGAGUGCGAGCUGUUGUGUUUGGAUUUCAUAAGCACGUGUAUCUUUUGCACCCAAAGGUCCUGACAUUGUUACUGCUGGAAUUUCCUGGCUUGCUAUUCUUUUCCACAUAUACCCUUCUUGUCCUUUUUUGGGCUGAGAUAUAUCAUCAGGCUAGAAGUUUGCCAACCGAUAAACUGAGGAUUUUCUACAUUUCUAUCAACAGCGCCAUUUACUUUAUACAGGGUUGUAUUUGGGUGUAUCUCUGGAUAGAUAAUAACAGCAAUGUGGAAUUCAUUGGAAAGAUAUUUAUCGCAGUGGUGUCAUUUAUAGCUGCAUUAGGGUUUUUGCUGUAUGGAGGAAGGUUGUUUUUCAUGCUUAGGCGAUUCCCUAUUGAAUCUAAAGGGAGAAGGAAGAAACUCCACGAGGUUGGAUCUGUAACUGCUAUAUGCUUCACAUGUUUUCUUAUAAGGUGCUUCGUGGUUGUGCUAUCAGCUUUCGAUUUAGAUGCAUCGCUCGACGUAUUGGACCAUCCCGUUCUGAACUUUGUCUAUUACACGUUGGUCGAGAUUCUUCCUUCAGUUCUUGUCUUGUACAUUCUACGCAAGCUUCCUCCGAAGAGAAUAUCAGCCCAAUACCACCCAAUCCGCUAA